CCUUUCUCUGCUUCCGCCGCCGCCAUGGCCGCGCCGCGCUGAGCUCCGGCACCGCCGCUCAGCCCCGGCCAUGGCGGCUCCGCUCUCAUAACCGCGUCCGCCAUGCCGAGCGGAGCCGCCGAGGCCAACGAAGCCGCCGAGCCGGCGCUGCUGCUCCUCCAGCAACGCCUGCAAGGCCUCGGCUUCGCCCAAACCGGCCCGGAGGAGGAAGAAGAGGAGGAGGAGGAGGAGGAGGAGGAUGGCGGCGAGGCGGAGCUGAGGGAGGAUGAAGACGAUGAAGCCGCGUUGUUGUUACUCCCGCGCGGCCUGGAUGUUACGGGAGGCCGGGGAAUGAUGGCGGCCAUGCAGUCGCAGGCCUGCGGUGAGCUCGGGGCUGUUGGAGGCGAACAGGCGGCGCUGCUGAGGAAGAAAAGCGUCAACACCACCGAGUGCGUGGCCGUGCCCAGCUCCGAGCAUGUGGCCGAGAUCGUGGGGCGUCAGGGCUGCAAGAUCAAGGCGCUGCGGGCCAAGACCAACACCUACAUCAAGACGCCGGUGCGUGGCCAGGAGCCGGUGUUCGUGGUGACGGGGCGCAGGGAGGACGUGGCCACGGCCAAGCGCGAGAUCCUGUCGGCGGCCGAGCACUUCUCGCUGAUCCGGGCGUCGCGCGGCAGGGCCGCGGGGCCGGGCGGGCCGUGCUGCGCGCCCGCGCUGCCGGGGCAGACCACGGUGCAGGUGCGGGUGCCGUACCGCGUGGUGGGGCUGGUGGUGGGCCCCAAGGGCGCCACCAUCAAGCGCAUCCAGCAGCAGACGCACACCUACAUCGUGACGCCCAGCCGCGACAAGGAGCCCGUGUUCGAGGUGACGGGCAUGCCCGAGAACGUGGACCGGGCGCGCGAGGAGAUCGAGAUGCACAUCGCCCUGCGCACCGGCACCUUCCUGGAGCUCGGCGGCGACAGCGACUUCCGCGCCAACGGCACCGACGUCGGCUUCGAGGGCGGCCCCGCCUGGCCGGGCGCCCGCCCUGCGCCCCGCGCCCGCCCCAGGAUGGUCUCCAGCUACCGCAACGACAGCUCCAGCUCCCUGGGCAGCGGCUCCACCGACUCCUACUUCGGCGGCAGCCGGCUGGCCGACUUCAGCCCCACCAGCCCCUUUGGCACCGGCGGCUUCUGGAUCGGGGAGGCGCUGCCGGCCUUGGGCGCCGAGGAGCUGGCGCUGGACUCGCCCGCCUACGAGCCCCUGCCCGCGCCCUCCCCGACCAUAUGGGCGCCCCUCGAGCCCGCGGCCGCCCUGCCCGGCCUGGGCGGUGAGGCCGUGGGCGGCCCCAAGGCCCUGUGCCGCGGCAGCCGGCCCCCCUCGCCCCGCCUGUCGCCCACCUUCCCCGAGGGCCUGGAGCACCCGCUGGCCAGGCGGGCCCGCGGCGACCCGCCGGGCUGUGCCCCCCAGCCCGGGCUGCCCGUCUGCAUCCCCGCCUUCUCCAACGGUACCAACAGCUACUCCUCGUCCAACGGCGGCUCCACGUCCAGCUCGCCCCCCGAGUGCCGGCGCAGGCACGACUGCGUCAUCUGCUUCGAGGGCGAGGCCACCGCCGCCCUCGUGCCCUGCGGCCACAACCUCUUCUGCCUGCAGUGCGCCGGCCGGAUCUGCGCCAGGGACGCGCCCGCGUGCCCCGUGUGCCAGGCCGCCGUCACGCAGGCCAUCCACAUCCACUGCUGAGCCCUGCCCGCUGUCUGUGCCUCCGUGCGGGUGGCGGCGCUGGCACACGGGCCGGGGCUCGUCCAUCACCCCCGGUGGGAAGGGCCUCUGUCGUGGCCGGGCCUCUGCGCUGGCAGCCGCAGCCCCGCUGCCCACAGAGGGCUCGGUCACCGCCGGGCAGGGCUGUGGCGCCGUCAGCUGCCCACACCUCCAGUGCUGCCUUCUCUACACUGCCAGUGCCCAGACAGGUUUGGGAAACGCCUCUCUGCCGCUCUCUGCAGCCACCCGCGCCUCACCCUCAGCGCUGCAAACGCCUGCUCUGUCCCGGGGGCACCCCGGGGUUACCGGGACCAGGGCCAGGAGCAGCCUGGGCAGGGCCCUCGGGGCCGCCAUUCCCACGGGAGCAGCCGGGCUGGCCUGGGCAGCGUGUCCGAGGAGCCCGUGCCAGGCUCCCGUCCCAGGAAUGCUCCCAGGGCCCGUGCUGCCCCGGGCGAGGCUGCCGACAUUCCCUCUGUCCAAUCAGGCCGAUCCCAAAUCGCCUCCCAGCGCGCCUGCAGCCCCAGGUGUGAGGCACCGCCGUGUCCUGCCCUCGCCUGGCACAUGCUAGAGGUUCAUGUUCUGUUUUUGGUAGGGAAAAGCAGACUCGGGGGCUGCCUGCCUGCCCUGGCCUUGCUGAUCUCUCGGCAACCCUGGCCCUGCAGUCAGUUUGCCUCAUUUCCAAAAUGUCUUUCCAAUCACGAGUUUGAAAAGGAAAAGGAAAAGAGAGUCUCUUGAGUACUCUUCCUGCAUUUCAACCUGUGGGUGUUCCCAGCUCUUCCAUCCUCAGUAUGUUCCCAAAUCUGUGCUGGCAUAAGUUAAAGCAACAAAAACAAGCAAACAGAACAAUAUGAAAAACCAAAACAAAAAAAAAGGAAGAAAGAAAGAAAGGAAAAAAAAAAUAUACGAAGUGGAGUUCUGGUGGAUUUUUUCUAUUUUGGUUUUGGAAGCAUUAUUUUCCCAAGACAAAGCUUUUUUCUCAGUAUAACAGAAAAGAAAAAAAAAAGAAGAAAUGAAAUUACACCUAUGCUGAAGUAGUAAAUGCGCAGAAAACUUUUUCAUUUCCACUUGAAGAGUUACAUUUCGUAUUCCAGGUUUACAGAUAACGGUUUUUAUGUUGUGAUUCCCCGUCUGGGAGUGCCCUGAGGGCGCGGCCUGUGGCCUGUCCUGCAGGGCCCGGCCCCGUGCCAGCCUGGUCCCUGUGCCAGCUGUGCCCCGUGCCAGCCGUGCCCCGUGCCAGCCGUGCCCCGUGCCAGCUGUGCCCUGUGCCAGCUGUGCCCCGUGCCAGCUGUGCCCCGUGCCAGCUGUGCCCCGUGCCAGCCGAGCCCCCAGACCAUCACCCAGGGGCUGGUUUAGUACCUGCUAAUUUUGCUACACUUUUUGUUAUGUAUAUGUAGGGGUUACAGAUGCAAUUUGAAUAAAGAUUAAAAGAAUCCAUAUAUUUUAUGAUAAAGGGCCUUUAACUGAUGAUGGCCGAAGCACUGAUAUUAUAUAUUUGCUGUAAAGAGAAUUAUAAGAGUUUUAUUUUUCUGAUAUUAAAGGUUACUUAAUAAAGACUGGUUUCCAUUAA